UGGUGGGGGCGUUAAAGUCACAGGUUUCUUCAUAUUGUAAACACAACCUCCCCGCACUUGAAAAUACUUGAAAAAUCCCUCAGGACUGCGACUACAGGUCGGAACAAUUGUGUUUCUCGGACAGACGACAAAAUAACGACACGGUGGUGUAUUUUUAAACGCGGACUGCUUCACUGGAACCGAACUUUGACGCCGAUAGUGCUAACGAUCGGUGGCUAGUUAGCGGCUGCUAGCCUUUGCUGUUGGAAAAGGGAAGCGAAACUGAGAUUUUUUUUUUUCCUCUCUCUCUUUCUCCCCAUUGUCGUCUUAUUUCCUAAAUAUCACUUUGGCUUUGUUAUGGGUGCUGCUGGUACGACGUGGAAGCCGUCACUCUGUUGCCUUUAGCUUGUCGUUGAUGUUUGUCAGCACCUGCUGUUGGACAGGUUGCCAGCUCCUUAUCUGUUGUUGAAUGGGGAGGAGUUUUCAUACAGGAUAAUUGUGAUAUCCCUCGUCCGUUUGGAAGACGUCACACAAAAUGUUUCUAAGAAGCUGUUGGAAAUCUCGGUACAAGGGCGGCUGUUGGACCCGGUUAGGAUUCGCAGCCCUGCUUUGGUUCUGUGUGAGUCAGUUUGGAUGUGGCAGUGGACUGGUGGGGGAGAGAAAAACUGUGGUCCAGAAAGAUGCUGAGUUUGAUGUCACCUACAAUGACAAGGUUACAAGUGACAACCAGACCAUCUAUGCUUUCAAUCAUACCGUUUCCAGAAAUAAGACAGAAGGCGUGCGUGUUACUGUGGAUGUCAUGACCCAGGGCUUGGAGAGUCCUAUCCUGUUUGUGGUACGGCAGAAGCAAGCUGUAUUGUCUUUCCAAGUCCCGCUGAUCCUCAGAGGCCUCUACCAAAGGAAAUACCUAUAUGCCCACGUGGGGCGGACGUUGUGCCAACCUCUGACACUGGCUUUUUCUGAGACCCAGUACUUCUUUGUGGAUGUGUCUACCCUGUCUAGUCUGGGUACAAACUACCAGCUCAGGGUCAGCCGUGUAGACAGCUUCACCCUCCAGACAGACAAGAAAUUCAGCUUCACUGCAUCACCGUCCCAGCCUCAGUACUUUAAGUAUAUCUUUCCAGAUGGGGUGGACACUGUGAUUGUCAAAGUCAACUCGGAGAUGAACUUUCCAUGCUCUGUCAUGUCCAUCCAAGAUAUCCUGUGCCCUGUGUAUGACCUUGACAACAAUGUGGCCUUCAUUGGGAUGUAUCAGACAAUGACCAAAAAAGGUGCCAUUACUGUGCAGAAAAAGGAUUUUCCGAGCAACAGUUUCUACGUGGUGGUAGUGGUGAAAACGGAAGAUGAAGCAUGCGGUGGUCCACUGCGCUUCUAUCCUCUCCAUCCAGAUGAGUUGAUCAAUGCUGGCAACCGCACCAAGAUUCUCGAUGUGAUGGUCUCUCCUGCCAUCAACUUGGAGGUGUAUGUGAUGGGCAUGUUGUUCUGUUUGGGUAUCUUCCUGUUCUUUUACCUGCUUACCUUGCUUAUCACCUGUCUGGAAAACAAGCGAAUGACAAAGAAAAGAGAGUUGUUUCAGAAUCCUGCUGACAUGUCGCCUGCAGAGACAGCAUCUCUGCUUGGGAAGAAUGGAGAUGGUAAGACCCCCACCUCCCCACAUGACUAUGGCUCCAUUGCUGACAACGGCAGCACACUCAGUUCAGAGGCAAUCACAGAGAGUGCGACAUCUGCUGAUAACAACUAUGGAUAUAUGGAGCGAUCACUGGAGAGUGUUGGGAGAAGCAGGCAGGAAUCUUUGAGUUCUGUGGAAGAAGACGACUAUGACACUCUGGAUGACAUCAACUCGGACAAAAACAUUGUACGCACCAAGAAAUUUCUCUGUGUAUCUGACCUGGCCCGUAAAGACAAGCGGGUCCUCAGCAAAAAAUACCAAAUCUACUUCUGGAAUAUUGCCACUAUUGCUGUGUUCUACGCCCUCCCAGUCAUCCAGCUGGUCAUCACCUAUCAGACAGUUGUCAAUGUUACAGGAAACCAGGACAUCUGUUAUUACAACUUUUUGUGUGCACAUCCACUGGGAGCUCUCAGUGCUUUCAACAACAUUGUGAGUAACCUGGGUUAUGUCAUGCUGGGACUCCUCUUCCUUCUUAUCGUCCUCAAGAGAGAGAUUAUCCACAAACGAGCCCUGGUCCGCAACGAUCUCAAUGCAGUGGAAUGUGGAAUUCCAAAGCAUUUUGGUCUGUUCUAUGCAAUGGGAACGGCGCUGAUGAUGGAGGGCUUACUCAGUGCCUGCUACCAUGUUUGUCCCAACUACACCAACUUCCAGUUUGACACCUCCUUCAUGUACAUGAUAGCUGGACUUUGUAUGCUGAAGUUGUACCAGAAGAGACACCCAGACAUCAAUGCCAGUGCUUAUACCGCCUACGCCUGUCUGGCUGCUGUUAUCUUCUUCUCUGUGCUGGGAGUGGUAUUUGGAAGAGGAAACACUGUGUUUUGGAUCAUUUUUUCAGUGAUCCACAUUUUGGCCACCCUCCUCCUCAGCACACAGCUCUACUACAUGGGUCGAUGGAGGCUCGACUCCGGGAUUCUACGCAGGAUAAUAUAUGUCAUCUACACAGACUGCAUUAGACAAUGCAGUGGACCAAUGUACAUUGACCGGAUGGUGCUGCUUGUAAUGGGUAACAUUGUCAACUGGUCUCUGGCUGCUUACGGUCUCAUAGAGAGACCCAACGACUUUGCCUCCUACCUGCUGGCCAUUGCCAUCUGCAACUUGCUGCUUUACUUUGCCUUCUAUAUCAUUAUGAAGCUGCGGAGUGGUGAACGGAUCCAGUGUCUGGCACUGGUGUGUAUCAUCUUCACAGCUGUGGUGUGGGGAUUUGCACUUUAUUUUUUCUUCCAGGGUCUCAGCACCUGGCAGAAAACUCCAGCUGAGUCUCGUGAGCACAACAGGGACUGUAUUCUGCUGUCAUUCUUUGACGACCAUGACAUUUGGCAUUUCCUCUCCUCCAUUGCCAUGUUUGGAUCCUUCCUGGUCCUCCUGACCAUGGACGAUGACCUUGACACUGUCCAGAGAGACAAAAUCUAUGUCUUCUAGAGGUGCCAGAUCUUCUGUCAUCAAAGCAGCUCGUCUCCUCUGCCUUAUUUUUUUUUUUCCGUCCUGAAUAAGCACAGCCAGCAGCCUGUUUACCAGGCUGGAUAGUGAGUGAGUUUCAUCCACUUGCAGGCAGUAAAGAAAGGGCAGCAGUUGGAUGUCCCUCCCUCUACCAGUAUGGACACUAAUGUGCCAAGCAGAAGUUGGGUCAAGCUCUGUUGAUGCUGAAACUUGUCUUCUCGCUGCUGUUGAUAUAACUGUUGUAAUUGAUGUUUACUUAUCAUUGAUGAUGUUAUACCUCUGCAGAAUUAACUUGUUUUAUACAGUCUGCUUUGCAUUUUGCCUGCAAUUCAACAAGGCAUUUUUGAAUUUGUAUGGCAAGCCAUUUUGAUGUAUAAUUGAUUGUAAUUGCAUCUUAGAUAUCUAAAAAAAAUUGCACUAUCACUCGUGAUGGCCAAAUGAGGCCUCAUUAAGUGUUUGCUCUUUUUUCUGU